AUGUGGAAGCGCCUCAAUACUUCAAGAAGUAGUAAUGGUACUACAGCUCGCCAAUCUGCCAUCAGUGAACCCGUACUUGUCGAGACUACUAUUUUUGAGAAAUCUUAUGGAGCGGCUGGUGGUAUAAAUAUUAAUAUGGGAAUGCCAUCUUCGAAUAGAUAUGCUCCUCCACCCAAAGCGAUAAGAAAUAAUACCCCCAAAGGAUUACCACUUCUACCAUUUGAAGCAGUUCCUCCUAUGCAACAUUCUCAACAGAAUUCCGACAACUUGAGGCCGGUCUCUUCGGUCCACUCUCAGCCUUCUCCAGGUCCUAUGAAUGAUCAGUUUCCAUACAAUACAUAUGCGAAACCUAUGACUCCAAAUUCGGUAGAGGUAUCUCCUCCCAGCUCUCCAGAGUUUGAUGGGACACGGCGAAACGCGAAUCGAUAUCAGGAUCAUGAAGUCUCCCCAAUUGAUGAGGUACCGGAUAUUUCACGUCUUGGAUUCGGAAACUCGAAAGAAAGGACCGAUGCUAGAUUGAAGCCACCAGCGAGCAGUAUUCCUGUUAUUCGAAAAGAAAAGAGGCGUAAUCAUGUCGCAGUUGCAGCAGCAAAUUUACUAAGUCGGAAAGACGUGGAUGGACCAAAGGGUUGGAAAACAGCAGAUGCAAGAUGGGAUUCAUAUUCUGGUGAACAAACGACAAGCGAAAGGGGAAAACCACAACCCAUCAACCCAGGAGAAUAUUCAACACCCGAGUUACGCAAUGUUAGACAAAUGGGCAAUACAUCAAUCAUUAGUGCUGGUGCUAGUGUGCAAAAGCCUCCAAAUGCACCAUCUUUUGCGGAACGUGUCCGGAAAUUGAAGAAUAAUGCGCCAGUAGAGAAACCAGAGUGGAAAGGAGCGACAGGACGUUCAGCAAUUGUGCCCACGCCAUCAGAUAAUUAUAGCAUACCUCCACUUAAAAUUCCAAUUCCAUCAAAGAACGAAAAACGCAUUACAUCAGAUACAAAUACCCCUGUAUCAUCCAUCCGAAGUGCAAACAGUGAAACACAAGCGGCAUCGACUUUCAUGGAUUUACCCAGCCCACUAUCUAUCGACGCAGGACAUUCGCUCAGUGGACGAAACAGCCCACAAUCUUAUAAUGAACCUUCAAUUCGAAACCCCGAACCUGUUCAUGCGGCUCACCUUGCGAAUUUCACCACCAAUAUUACUACAGAUUUCCCUACCACGGAUUUCUCUAUCGAAUAUUACCCUUCUCAUUCUAAACAGGAUUCUACUGGCACCAUUGAGCGAAACUUCCGCGAAGCUCUUAAGAAUUCAUUCCCUCCCAUCGAUCUGAACGAGCCAUACGUUCAACCUCCUUCUCGCUUUAGUGUCAGUACAAAGGCUACAUCAGAAGCCACACAAUCUACCAGAGCACCUUCUCUUGAUUUACAAAACGACAUGCAUCCUCCACUCCCCACACAAUCCUACAACAUGACAACUCAAGCUCCCACUUCAAUACUAUCUCGCAAACGUCCUAAGGUCGGCGCCGAUGAUAGCACAUCCAUGUACUCCACAAAAAGCAUUACCCGCAAAGCCAUCAAUUCGAAUAGUCCAAUAACAAUCUCCAUGACGUCCUCCAUUCCCCGGGAACAUAAUCACCUACCACAGUCCUCAUCCACACUUACCAAAUCUCUUCCCAGUACUCCCGCCGAAACCGCAUCUUCAGAUCCUAUCUCCAACCUUAAAGCUCGACUUGAAACUCUCACCCAUCGUAGACAAAAUAUCGAAAAAUUAAUCAAACAAAUGACGGAACUUAUGCCAGCGGAUAGAAUGAUUGCUACUGAUGAAGUCAAGAGAAAGAGAGAAAUGGAGAAGAAACAAAUUGAGGCGUUGAGGGAGGAGGAAGCAGAAAUUAGGAGGGAGGAACAUGAAUGUGGUUUGAAAUUGCAUAGGGCAUGGAAGAGAAAAGAUAAGCAAGCGGGGUAUGAAGGGACAGGUUUGUGGGUUAGGAGGGUUACUGGUUAG